CGAAUUGUAGUAGCUCGCACAAGUGACUACAGAUGGCAGUGAAACCUUGUAAACAAAGAGUUCCGUCAUCAUAUUUGGGAGAAUUUUCGUCAAGUGAACACGAAUAGUCAACAGUCUUAAGUCUCAACAUCAUCAAGAUUGAUCAAGAUUCUAAAAACAAGCAUUAUAUAGAGGCAUACCCAGUUGUGAAUAUUAAGUAAAAAAAAUUGUUUCAAAAAGUGACAGCCUAUCCAUUUCCCAAAGGUUAAUUUCCUAAACUGAAUUUCAUGUCUGACUAAAGGGCUAUUCAUUUAAACAUUAUUCUAUUGUUGAGAUAUAUAGCAUAUAACAUAUAUUUGAUCAUCAACAGCAUCAAACAUGUGGGAAAAAUGCACAGCAAAAUGUUCUUCAAGAAAACAUGCAGAUAGCAUAUUUUCAGUUUUCAUCGCUGCUGGUGAUGAAUUUGAGGAUAUGGUUAUGAAACUUUUACCAACCUGCUGUAACAUAGCCAGCAAUAAAGACUCAUCAGGAAGAACUGCUUUACAAGUUGCAGCUUCACUUGGGAAAAUGAAAAUUCUGCAUUGGCUAUUUUCUCAUGAUGUCUAUGUCAAUGCUAAAGAUGAAGAGUCUGGGUACUCUGCCUUACAUAGAACUUUUUAUUAUGGGCAAUUACAAGCUGCAAGAGCUUUGCUGCACAAUAAUGCUGGCUUAUUUCAUCCAUUAGAUAAUGACUAUAUGUCUCCAUUUGACCAUUUAAUUCAAGACAGAUCCGAUUUGAAUAAACUUGAUGCUAAUCUCCCAUCUCAAGUACAUGUGUGGGGAUCAAACUCAAAUUUUGGACUUGGAAAGCAACAAAGUCCAGAAUUACCAGAAUUAUUGGAUGUGUUUCCUAAAGGAAGUGGUGGCAUUAAGAAGGUGGUUAUGAACAAAUUCCACUCAGUGUUUCUGACAUUAUCAGGCCAAGCUUUUUCCUGUGGAAUUGGCCAAGGAGGCAAACUAGGACUUGGUUCAGAAGCCACUGUUAUAAUUCCGCAGAAAAUCAGCAUAGAUGCUGAAAACUCUUCAAAUAGCAAAGUGAAAAAGUCUGCAGUUAUCCUGGAGGCGGUUUUGGGAACAUAUCAUACAAUCCUUUUAACUGAAGGUGGAAAUGUUUUGUCCUUUGGCAGCAACAUGUAUCAUCAACUAGGCCACAAUCCUCCUCCGAAUCAACUAGUCGCCCCUAAAGUUAUUACCCGUUUUGAAGACAAAAGCAAAGGAGUCAUUAUCAAGGGUAUUUCUGCAAGCCGCUUUCAUUCGGUGUUUUGGUGUCAACGCAAUGUGUACACUUGUGGGCUUAACGCUGGAGCGCUUGGGCAUAUCAAAGGGGAUAAAACCAUCAUUACGCCUAAACGAGUUCCACUCUUAUCUGAAGAAAAUUACACAAUCACUCACGUAGCAGCAUCUGAUGGUGCAACUGCAAUCGCCACAGAAGGAGGAAACGUCUUUGUGUUGCAUGAGUUUCAAUGUCGCAAAAUCGCUUCAAAGCAGUAUGAUUUAUUGAAAAUAGUCAUGGAAGGAGGUAAAUUGGAUUUUUCUCAAGAAGAUUUGGCAGCUGAUACGAGCGUUCCAUUUCAGGUUCUUCUUUUAACGAAGAGUGGAAAAAUAUAUAUCUGGUCACAAACACAUCCGGUGCUUACAAAAUGUGCUUUUCGCGGUAGCCCGUUUUGCAUUAUAAAGGAUGUUUCCCUUUGCAAAAAUGCCAUUGUACUUGUCAACAUAGAAGGUGGAGCUUUUGUUGGUACGAUUGGGAAAACGUUCGUUAGCAAACGCAAAACAGAAGCUCAUUGUGCUACUCAAGAAAAUGUCUCACGAAUGGAGCUUCCUAAGCAGGAACAUUUGGUUCGAAUUCAAAUUCAGAGAAUACCUGGAGUUUAUCGUGCGACAAGUAUUGUGUGUGAUCCAGCUGGUAAAAACUUUGCUGUAAUUCAGGUUCUUCCAAGCGCUGAAAAUAAAGAUGCUCAGAUUUGCAUUACUCCUUCCCAAUUGCAAACGGAUUUGAAACAACUUCUUCAGGAUGCUGAUCCUUAUGAUCUAACACAUGAUAUCGUUUUUCUUGUGGGAUCAAAAACGUUUGCUGCGCAUCGUUUUGUUUUGUCGGCAAGUUGCAACGCUUUCUACCAGAAUGUCUGUGCUUCAUCAUUAUCUUUUAAAAAUGAUAACAAAACUGUCCACAUCACCGACGUCCCAGCAGAAGUUUUUGAAUUAAUAUUGGAAUUUAUAUACACUGGCACUUGUGCCAUCUUCGAAACUGAAGCCGUCAGGUGGAAUCUAAAGUUACCUUUGGAGGAACCUUUGGAUAAGGACAACUAUGCGGAAGAUCUUCCUAGCGCCGUAGAGCUGAAAAGAGUAAAAGGCGAGGAAUGGAAGUCAAAUGAACGAGAUGGAUUGUCACGUGUCCUUCGAAUGGUACAAUUUUAUGCAAAAAAUGUAGGACUUCGAAAACUGGCGGAAAUAUUGGACAAGGCCCAUAUUGCAAAUACUGGUUUGAUUCGCAAUGAUCGCUUACACCUUCAACCGAAACAAUGGAGUCGGUUUUCCGGAGACGAUUUCUAUGAUACUAAGAUUGUUAGUAACGACGGUAAAGAGUUUGAUGCACAUCGUGCUGUUUUGAUUGCCCGGUCGGAUUAUUUCCGAAGUAUGUUCAGCUACGCCUGGAUUGAGAGCGUAGUUUCGAAAAAGAUCCCUCUUCCUAUUCAUUCAUUGGUUCUCGAAGUUAUUUUAGACUACUUUUACGAAGAUAAAGCUUCAAAGGUGGAAAAAUCGGAAGAUGUGGAAUGGAUAAGCAAUUGCUUGGUAUCGGCCGAUCUCCUUCUGAUUCCUCGUUUGGUAUCAAUAUGCGAAUCAGCACUUGUUGGAUUACUUUCAAUAAAGAACGUUGGGAAAGUUCUUGAUUUUGCAGCAGAGUAUAACGCUACUCAGCUGAAAAUUUCAUGCAUGCAUUUUGUAUGUUGCAAUCUACCAGCCGUGAUUGAACUGAGAGUAUGGAAUUGCCUUAGUGAAGAAGUCAUGAAGGAACUAACACAUUUCUACCAACAGUUCAUUCCUAGAAUUAGUCGACUUCCAACGCCAUCCAAACACCUCACUUCUGACGAUUUGGAUAUUUUCACGAUCACUGAAUCACUCGAAGACGUCAAUUUAACUUCCGUUAAUCGAGAACGAGAUGUCAAAAGAAAAAAAACGAGGAGAAAAUCGGGGAAAAAAGGGAGCGAAUUCAAACAUCCUCAUCAGUUGCAAAGUGAACCUUGUUCACCGUUAACAAGUGAUGUAAACCCGAAUAUCGAAAAUACGGUAUGCUUGAAAAAAGAAGUUUGGUCAAAGGUCGACAAACCAAAGAAACGGACCAAGUCUCUAAGCUUCGAAACUCCAGCUAAAGAAUUGAAUCCCAAUUCUUCUCCUUCCAAAGCUCAAAUUCAAGAUAACAAUAAAGUUUUUCUGGGUGUUCGUUCUAAGGAGACUGAUAGCAAUAUCAGCGCUAGCUCACCUGUCAAUGAACACGAUGAAACUCCUGCAAAACAUAACAGUCUGACACUGUUUGAAGUGGCAACGAUCUUCCAGGCGACCAACUCACCAGAAAAUGAGAAAUGCAAAAAAUUUCGAAAACUUUCACAAAAGCAAAGAAAAUUUAAAGAAAACAACGCCGUGAUAGCUACUCCGAAUACUUCUUCAUUAGCUUGGAAGACUACUUUUUCAGAACCGCAAUGUGCCGAUCGGAUAACUGUUCCCUUGGAUCCCAUGGACCAAUCCAUCAUAUGUCGUGAUGAUCCCAUUAAUAGCCCCGGUAAGAGUAAAGUACACUCUGUUUGGGGAAGUCCGGAUAAAACCAAAGAUACAUCGAAAGCUCAAAUUUCUGAAAGUGAAGAAAAAUUCGUGCCCCUGCAACGUAUUAUUGCGAAAGAGAGAAUUGAACGAAAAAAUUUUAUCAAAAUCAGUACAAAGCCGCUAAAACUAACUUUGAUCGAAGAGAAGGCCAUUGAAGAUUUGACAAAAUUCUACGGCAUUGACCAUAUUGAUGACGAAUUUAUUUUGGUGGAAAGAGUUUUACCAUUAGCAGCAGCUGUCCCUAUCUGGUCCGGAGGAAAAGUUAGUCCGUUAAAGUCUAAAAACAAAUUGAGAAGUUUUUCCAUGUCUGAUAGUGGAAUUUGAUGUUUUUUUUUUAAUUUGUUGUUUUGUAAAUUGUAUGGGAUUAUUGAAGACGAAUAUGGAAACAUU